CUUCACUAUUAGGUUUCUUAGGUGCACCUUACCCGUAUAAAAUGAGGUCUCAACCUUAUAUAAACAUUUUCCUUAACCUGCUUGACCUUCGAAUUAAGGUAGGAUUGAAGCCCCUGAACAACCAUUCAGAGGGAUAGCGAGAGAGAGGGUCGAUGGAGGAAGCUUGCAGUUCGCCUAAACAGCCAGUGAAAUUUGCUUUGGUGGAUGCGUUUACAAAUGUUGCAUUUAGAGGGAACCCGGCUGCUGUUUGUGUAUUGGAAGAAGAGAGAGAAAGCAAAUGGAUGCAAGAUGUAGCGAUUGAGAUCAAUACACCCAUGGCUUCUUUCUUGUACCCAACUAAGCACUCAAAGAGUAGAAACGAGUUUCAUAUUAGAUGGUUCACAAUCGCACAAGAGGUGGAACUAUGUGGACAUGCAACUUUAGCAGCUGCAUACUUCCUAUUCUCCACUGGUUUGGAAGGCGAUGAGAUCACUUUCCAUGGCAAAUCCGGCAUUUUGGUUGUAAAAAAGGUCGAAUCGACACAAGGAGGGAACUUUGAGAUUCAAUUGGAUUUCCCUGCACUGACAGUUGGUGAAUGUGGGGAAGAGGAGAUCCCUUUACUCCCUGAGACCUUGAAUGGUGCUUCCAUGACCAGCGUAAAGAAAACAUCAGCCGGCGACUUACUUGUUGAACUCUCUUCAGUGAAGGACCUUAUGAAUUUGAGACCACAGUUUGAUGAGAUAAGAAAAUGUAAAGGAAGAGGAGUUAUUGUUACUGCCCUUGCUCCUAUUGAAACUGGAUAUGAUUUCUUAAGUCGCUUCUUUUGUCCCAAAGUUGGGGUUAAUGAGGAUCAUGUAUGCGGCGCCGCACAUUGUGUGUUGACACCCUAUUACAGCGAAAAACUGAAGAAAGACAACUUUAUUGCUUACAUGGCAUCAGAAAGAGGUGGAAAGUUAGUGAUUGAAUACAAGAAGGAUGCAAAUCGAGUGAUAAUUCGAGGUGAAGCCAUUAUCGUUAUGAUGGGCACCCUGCUUGUCUAGCACCUGGGAUGCUGUCAUGAUGUUUGAGCCCAAUGUUUACAGUGGAUAAUUAACUACAUAUUAGUGGUUGGAUACUGGCUCUGUAAAUUUCGUAAUUCUCCUUCUGCUUCCAUGUGUUCAUGUAAGCUUUAUUUAAAAUAUUUAAAUAUUGGACUUUACCUCAAAAGGAAAAAAUAUAUAUAGCAAUGGACAAGUAAUUAGGGAGACCAUUUAAGAGGCCAUAAUCACUCCUAGACGUUAUAUUUGAAAUUUAAUAAUUAGGAGUAUGCCUUUGUCGAAACUCU